AUGAGCGACUGGGACACCGUCACUAAGAUCGGCAGCAAGACCCGCGGCGGCGCUGCCCCGCGUGAGACCACUGUCAAGGGCCGCAGCGCUCUGAACGCUGCCCAGCGCAGUGGUGCGGUCCUCGGAUCCGAGAAGAAGUUCACCACCGGUAACAUUUCUGCAAAGGCCGGCGCCCCCGACGGCCAGCACUUGACCAAGGUCGACCGCAGCGACGAUAUCAUCAAGCCCAAGACCGUCGGCUACGCCGUCGCAGAUGCCAUCAAGAAGCGCCGAACCGAGGAGGGCUACAAGAUGACCCAGAAGGAACUCGCCACCAAGUGCAACACCACCAUCACCAUUGUCCAGGACUUCGAGCGUGGCUCCGCCACCCCGGACCAAAAGGUUCUCUCCUCUAUGGAGCGCGUGCUCAACAUCAAGCUCCGUGGCAGUGACAUUGGAGCCGAGAAGUUCGCCAAGAAGAAAUAG